AUGCAGAAGUUUUCAGACGACACAGCUAUUGUGGGAUGUGUCAGAGAUGGCCAGGAAGAUGAGUACAGGAACCUGGUGAAAGACUUUGCUGUGUGGUGCAGGGUGAACCAUUUGCAGCUAAAUGCAUCCAAGGCAAAGGAGAUGGUAGUGGACUUUCGUAGGUCAGGGCAACCCUCACAGCCAGUAUCAAUCGAGGGGAGUGAUGUGGAGGUGGUCAAGACCUACAAAUUCCUAGGGGUGCAUCUGGAUGACAAACUGGACUGGUCAGCUAACACAGACAUCCUGUACAGGAAAGGACAGAGCCGGCUCUACUUCCUAAGAAGGCUGAGGUCCUUUAACAUUUGCAGGAAACUUCUCCACAUGUUUUAUCAGUCUGUGGUUGCCAGUGUCCUUUUCUAUGCUGUGCUGUGCUGGGGUGGCAGUAUUAAGAACAAGGACGAAGCACGGCUGGACAAACUGAUCAGCCGUGCUGGGGCAGUGGUCGGCAUAGAACUGGAAUCUCUGGUGACUGUGGCUGAAAGAAGGACACUAAGCAAACUUCACUCCAUCAUGGACAUUGUGAACCACCCCCUGCACACUGUUGUUGUUAAACAGAGGAGAACUCUUGGUCAGUGGAGUGUGACCUACACCCCACAAAAUGUUUGUGCUUUAAAUGGAUCCGCUGUGUUUUUGAACUGCUCUUAUACAUACCCGUCAAAUGGUAAAGUGACGGACGCCUUUUGGACCAUUAACGCAGUACAGCUACCUAAUCUUACCAGUCAAUCAGGUUACUCAGGUCGAGUGGAGUAUUUUCAAGAUCAGGGUCCAAAUAAACACGCCGUUAGAAUAAGAGAUGUGAGGAACACCGAUGAACGUGUGUAUUACUUCAGAUUCGUAACAAACCUCUCAGGAGGAAAAUAUACUGGUUCAUCUGGAGUUACACUCAAUGUUACAGUCCUUCAGGUGAUCGGUUCUCAAGAAGUGACGGAGGGCCAACCGGCUAAUCUGACGUGCAACACCACCUGCAAUCUGACCGACCCACCGACCUUCGUCUGGUUCAGAAACGGACUCAAUCUGACCACGAACUCCACCAACAGCAGCCUUCUCCUGAAUCCGGUCAGCAGCGCAGACGCAGGCAGUUACAGCUGUGCCGUGAAGGGAUACAAACAGCUCCGCUCUCCUGAUCAAACCCUCACCGUCAGAUAUCCUCCAAGGAACGUCUCAGCGACCAUCAGUCCUUCUGGUGGAAUAGUUGAGGGCAUUUUGGUGAACUUGACCUGCUAUGGUGAUGCCAACCCACAAGGAGAGAACUACACCUGGUUCAAGGGUGAAACUUUGUUAGGCAAGGGAAAGACCUACAGCUUCUCCAGCAUCAACUCCAACGACAGUGGAGACUAUAAGUGCCAGUGCAGCAAUAAGUAUGGAGAUGGAAACUCCACCAUUGUAACUCUUAAUGUUCUGUAUCCUCCAAGGAACGUCUCAGUGUCCAUCAGUCCUUCUGGUGGAAUAUUGGAAGGCAGUUUGGUGAAUCUGACCUGCACCGGUGAUGCCAACCCACCAGAGGUGAACUACACCUGGUUUAAGGGGGAAACUAUGCUAGGUAAAGGACAGACUUACAGGUACUCCAGCAUCAACUCCAAGGAUAGUGGAGACUAUAAGUGCCAGUGCAGUAACAAAUAUGGAGAUGGAAACUCCACCACCGUAACUCUUGAUGUCCUGUAUGCUCCAAGGAACGUCUCAGUGUCCAUCAGUCCUUCUGGUGGAAUAGUUGAGGGCAGUUCAGUGAAUCUGACCUGCAUUGGUGAUGCCAACCCACCAGGGGAGAACUACACCUUGUUUAAGAGUGAAACUUUGUUAGGUCAAGGGCAGACUUACAGCUUCUCCAGCAUCAACUCCAAGGACAGUGGAGACUAUAAAUGCCAGUGCAGUAAUAAAUAUGGAGAUGGAAACUCCACUGGUGUAACUCUUGAUGUUCUGUAUCCUCCAAGGAACAUCUCAGUGUCCAUCAGCCCUUCAGGUGAAAUAGUUAAGGGCAGUUCAGUGAAUCUGACCUGCAAUGUUGAUGCUAACCCACAAGGAGAGAACUACACCUGGUUUAAGGGGGAAACUUUGUUAGGCAAAGGAAAGAUCUACAGCUUCUCCAGCGUCAACUCCAAGGACAGUGGAGACUAUAAGUGCCACUGCAGUAACAAAUAUGGAGAUGGAAACUCCACUGCAGUGACUCUUGAUGUUCUGUAUCCUCCAAAGAAUGUAUCGGUGUCCAUCAGCCCUUCUGGUGGAAUAGUUGAGGGCAGUUCAGUGAAUCUGACCUGCAGUGGUGAUGGUAACCCACCAGAGGUGAACUACACCUGGUUUAAGGAAGGUGAAACGUCACCUGUAGGAUAUGAAAAGGUUUACGUGGCUUCACAAAGUGGAUCCUACUACUGCCAAGCUCAGAAUGUUCUCAACAAUUCGGUUUCGGCCGUCCACCAGGUCACCGUUGAAGGUAAUCAGUACGAGAUUCUGUACAUAGUUCUUCCGAUCGUGGCUACCAUGUCACCCGAGGAGAUCCUCUUCGGCAACGUACCAGCGGCGAGUGCGACCAGCGCCGCACCCCCUGCCGAAACUGCGCCGCCGGCUCCCUCCACCGAAGUCGAAGAGGCUCAGUACGCCAACGUCCACAACAGCCGUGAGGUACUGGUGGACGGUCAGGGGGACGACGUCCACUAUGCCAGUGUCACCUUCACUCCCAACAGUGCUGCCUACAGGAACGUCGCAGCAGACCUCGAGGACCACAAGGUGAUCUACAGCACCGUGAAGUAA